CUCCAGGCAGCGCGCCGCUGAGCUGACGGCUCGCGUUAAGCGUGCGGAGCAGAAGUGCGUCAAGCUCAUGAGGUACCUGCCCCGCUUCUGCGCGAAGACGCGGCGGUGCUGGCGUCGGCAGGUCCUCUCCGGUCGCGCUACCAGCAUGUCCACGGAUGGCGGCUUCGGCACGGCUGGCAAUAGUGAUGCCCAGCAAAGCCUCCAGUCCUUCUGGCCGCGGGUGAUGGAGGAGAUACGCAACCUCACGGUGAAAGACUUCAGGGUCCAAGAACUCCCUCUGGCUCGCAUUAAGAAGAUAAUGAAACUAGAUGAGGAUGUGAAGAUGAUUAGUGCGGAAGCUCCCGUGUUGUUCGCCAAAGCAGCUCAGAUCUUCAUAGCAGAACUGACUCUGCGAGCCUGGAUACACACAGAGGAUAACAAGCGCAGGACUCUGCAGAGGAAUGACAUUGCCAUGGCGAUUACGAAGUUCGAUCAGUUUGACUUCCUUAUCGAUAUUGUUCCAAGAGAUGAACUGAAGCCUCCGAAGCGGCAGGAAGAGGUGCGUCAGGCUGUGACCCCCGCCGAGCCCGUACAGUAUUACUUCACGCUUGCUCAGCAGCCUGCCGCAGUGCAGGUUCAGGGCCAGCAGCAAGGCCAGCAGACCACCACGUCGACCACCACGAUCCAGCCAGGACAGAUCAUCAUCGCCCAGCCGCAGCAAGGGCAGGUGGGAGAAGGGCAGCAGGUGCAGAUCGUGCAGGCCCAGCCGCAAGGACAGGCGCAGCAGGCGCAGGGUGGGACCGGGCAGACCAUGCAAGUCAUGCAGCAGAUCAUCACCAACACCGGCGAAAUCCAGCAAAUACCGGUUCAGUUGAAUGCUGGCCAGCUGCAGUAUAUCCGCUUAGCCCAGCCUGUGUCAGGCACCCAGGUAGUCCAGGGGCAGAUCCAGACGCUUGCAACCAAUGCUCAGCAGAUAACGCAGACGGAAGUCCAGCAGGGCCAGCAGCAGUUCAGCCAGUUCACAGACGGGCAGCAGCUUUACCAGAUCCAGCAAGUGACCAUGCCAGCGGGCCAGGACAUCGCCCAGCCCAUGUUCAUCCAGUCCACCAACCAGACCUCCGACGGCCAAGCCACGCAGGUGACCGCUGACUGA